UGCAAAUGCCACGUUCCUCCCAUUGUAUCUUCUUCAAAACCUCAAUCGGUUUCACUUGAUCAUUACUGCCUGUUUGUUUUUCUUAAAAUUUUAAUAGCAAUGUCUGUGCAGAAAUCUUGCUUGAAGCAAUUUCAGUACUGUUGCAAAAUCUUGUUCAAGUUUCUGUUGUUUGUAAUUAUUAUUAGUAAUAAUGUGGCUAUUAAUGUAAGAGGUUUGAGAGAAAACGAAGGAAUCCCGAGUUGGGAAUGGAGUAGUUUAGGGCCUCUGGUGAAGAGAUCAGAAAGAAAAUCAGUAGUUUCAACUGAAAAUGGGGAAGUCUCUUCGGUGAGAGUAGCUGAUGGAACCAGUGGCUUUUAUCAUCUUCAGUUCAUCACGUUGGAGCCCAGCUCCCUUUUCCUUCCUGUUGUUUUACAUUCAGAUAUGAUCUUUUAUGUCCACACUGGGUCGGGGAAGCUGACAUGGAUGGAUGAAGAUGAACAGAAAUCAGUGGAUUUAAGAAUAGGAGAUGUUUUCAGGCUGCCUUUUGGAACUAUUUUCUUCCUAGAGAGCAACUUGGAUCCCGUUAGACAAAAACUAAGAGUUUAUUCCAUCUUUGCCAAUUCAGGGGAUGAUUUGCGUGAACCUCUGAGCGGACCAUACUCCAGCAUCCGUAAGAUGGUUGUUGGAUUCGACAAGAAAGUCCUCAAAGCCGCAUUUAAUGUACCAGAGGAUGUGAUAGAAGAUGUGUUGGCUGGAACAGAAGUACCAGCCAUUGUGCAUGGUGUGCCAAAAUCAACUAAGAAGAACAACUUGUGGGAAAUGGAGGCUCAAUACAUGAAGACCAUUGUAGGAAGGGGCAGUUACAGUAUUUUCGACAACCAAAUGAACAAAAAGAAGAAAGUUAAAUUGUUCAAUGUUUUCGAAGAGAAACCCGAUUUUGAGAAUUGCAAUGGGUGGAGCACCGUAAUAAACAGGAAGAAAAUGCCUGCUUUGAAGGGUUCUCAAAUUGGCAUUUACGUAGUGAACUUGACUAAAGGAUCAAUGAUGGGACCUCAUUGGAAUCCAAUGGCUACCGAAAUUGGAAUAGCAAUUCAAGGAGAAGGAAUGGUUCGAGUAGUUAGCUCGAGCACUGGAACAGGUCAGAGGUAUAAAAACAGGAGGUAUAAAGUGGAGGAAGGAGAUGUAUUCGCCGUGCCACGGUUUCAUCCGAUGGCUCAAAUGGCCUUCAACAACAAUUCGUUCGUGUUUGUGGGGUUCAGCACAACUACGAAGAAACAUCAUCCUCAGUACCUAGCAGGGAAAGCUUCGGUCCUCCGAACGCUGGACAGGCACAUCUUGGAAGCAUCUUUCAAUGUGGCUAACACAACAAUGGAUCAGAUUCUCGAAGCACAAGGUGAUUCAGUUAUACUGGAGUGUACAUCUUGUGCUGAAGAAGAACUGAGGUUAAUGGAGGAAGAAAGGAGGAGGGAGGAGGAGGAGGAAAGUAGGAGAAAGGAGGAAGAGGAAGCAAGGAAGAAAGAGGAAGAAUGGAGGAGGAAGGAAGAGGAAGCUAGAAGGAAAGAAGAGGAAGAGGCAAGAAAGGCUGAAGAAGAAAGAAGAGAGAGAGAAGCAGAAGAAGCAAGAAAAAGAGAAGAGGAGGCAGCAAAGGAAAAAGAGGAAGAAAGGAAGAGACAAGAGGAAGAAGCAAGGAAAUGGGAAGAGGAGGAAGCCAAAAGGCAAGAAGAAGAAAUUAGGAGAAGACAAGAAGAGGAGGAAGCUAGGAAAAGAGAGGAGGAAAGGCAAAGAGAAGAAGAGGCAGCAAGGAAAAGACAAGAAGAAGAAGCAAAGAGAGAGGCAGAGGAAGCAAGGAGGAGAGAAGAGGAAGAAGCAGCAGCAAGAAGGCAACAGGAGGAAGAGGUAGCAAGGAAGGCAGCAGAAGAAGCAGCAAGAAGACAGGAGGAAGAAGCACAAAAGGAAGCAGAGGAAGCAAGGAGGAGAGAAGAAGCAGCAGAAACAAGGAGAAGGGAGGAGGAAGAAGCAGCAAGAAGGCAGAAGGAGGAAGAAGCAGAAAGGGAGGCAGAGGAAGAAAGCAGAAGAGAGGAAGAAGCAGAAACAAGGAGGAGGGAGGAGGAAGAAGCGGCAGCAAGAAGAAGUGAAGAGGAGGCGGCAAAAGAGGCAGAGAGGAGAAGGCAAGAGGAAGCUGAAAGACAAGAGGAGGAAGCUAGGAGACAGGAGGAAGAAAUGGAGAAGAGGCAUCAACAAGAAGAAGAAGAAGAAGAAGAAGAAACCGAGGAAGGGGAGCCAGGCCGGCAUGAACGGAUAGUCUCCUUCAAAAAUUCGAAGUUCCCCAAGUCGGAGAGAUGAUCAGUGUGUGUUUUUGUAUAAUCAAUUUUGUGUGCGUGGUUGUUCCCUUUUUUUGUUCUUAUGUUUUUGUACGAGCAAUUUCGUGUGCGUGUAUGUAUGUGUUUGUUCCGUUUUUUGUUCAUAUGAGAAACUUAUGUAAUAAUGCUGAACCCAGCUUUCAUGGGUAUCUAAGACCUUUUCCCUGUUGGUUCUCUA